AUGGAUGGUGUUAGGUGUGGGUGGGACGGGGGGGUUGGAGUCCCACAAGGGCUUGUUUGGGUUGAGGUCAGGCCAGGAGCAGGAGAAGAACAUUUGCUCGAGAAAGUCAUCAUGAGAGGUUUGGGUUUGUUCAAGUGGCCGGUGUUACUUCCAUGCAACCACUUGUUCGGCAAUUCAUGCUUAGUUGACUGCAUAACGGCUGGUUCUGAAUGUGUUGUUUGUAAUGCAAAGUAUGGACAAACACGUAAUGAGAGGGUUUUGGAGCCAGGCCAGGUGAUUCUUAAUUCAUCUAGUAGUAUAAAAGCUAGCAAGAUUCCUCGGAAUUUGCCUAAUAUGAAUAAGGUUGGGGUUGGCAAGAAUCACAAAUCCAAGAUUGCAGUGCUUGAUAGAGCUGAAGAGCUUGAGUUCUCUCGUGGGGGAGGGAAGCCCAAUCCAAUGCAAUCUUCCUAG